AUGGCUGGAUAUCAUGCCUCGUUUGGUUCACAUCACUGUAUAUUGUGUGGCAAUCGUUUCAAGUAUGAUUACAAUCUGUUGUAUCACUAUCGACGGUCGUGUCCUUACACGAAGAUUUAUAUCGAUCGAGAGAUGCGAGAACAGUUGGACGCAACAAAUCUACGAAAAUUGGUGCGCAAGAUCUCGCAGGAGGAACUGCCUUCGUCUUCGCCGUUAUCACUGAACAGAUUAUUGCACAACAAAGAUUUGCUGUAUAAUAAACGGCAAAUGUUAAGAUAUCAAACCAACCUGAAUAAUCCUCUGCCGCAGUUAUUAAUACCCAAACCUGGAUUACAACACGCAAAGUCAUGUCCUGUCUGUUCGGUAAUAUUUUACGGGACGGAUGUGGUUGAACGACACAUCAAGGCAGCGCAUCCGAUCGAAUGGGAAUUACAGUUCAGUGAGAACGCUAUCAAUGCUACAAAUAUCAGUCGGAGUGCGAAUGCUGUCGGAUCUAUUCACAGAGGUGAUGACGGUGAGAAUGGUGGUGAGUAUGAAACUGAUGAUGUGGAACCACCGCCGACACUGACCGCAGAAUCACCCGUUGAGCAGCCAGUCGUUCGAAGUGAGCCCAUAAUUCGACGAGCACAUCAUAUCGAGGUGGACGAGGAUGGCAAUCAGAAGUUGGUGGAUGAAAAUGGAGUUGUGGUGAGUUCUUUAGAUAACAAUAGUAAUGUGUAG